UGGGAUGCCAUAACUGAAAUGGAUGAACACAAUCGUCCCAUUCAUACUUACCAGGUAUGUAAUGUAAUGGAACCAAACCAAAACAACUGGCUUCGAACAAACUGGAUCUCCCGUGAUGCUGCACAGAAAAUUUAUGUGGAAAUGAAGUUUACCCUGAGGGACUGCAACAGUAUUCCAUGGGUACUGGGAACCUGCAAGGAAACUUUCAAUCUCUACUACAUGGAGUCAGAUGAGUCUCAUGGAGUAAAAUUCAAGCCAAACCAGUACACUAAAAUUGAUACAAUUGCAGCUGAUGAGAGCUUUACCCAGAUGGACUUGGGUGACCGCAUUCUUAAACUGAACACAGAAGUUCGUGAGGUUGGGCCAAUAAACAAGAAAGGAUUUUAUCUUGCUUUUCAGGACAUUGGAGCAUGCAUUGCUUUGGUCUCAGUCCGUGUCUAUUACAAAAAGUGCCCUUUCACAGUCCGUAACUUGGCUAUGUUUCCUGAUACUAUUCCAAGGGUUGAUUCUUCCUCUUUGGUGGAAGUACGGGGCUCCUGUGUGAAAAGUGCUGAGGAACGUGAUACUCCAAAAUUGUACUGUGGAGCUGAUGGGGAUUGGCUUGUGCCCCUAGGACGAUGCAUUUGCAGUGUAGGAUAUGAAGAAGUGGAUGGCUCCUGCCAUG